CUCUCUGAUAUGGGGCAAGAUAAAAGAGCGCCUUCUCCCUCUUGUUGCGACCCGAUCCAUCCCAGACACUUGUCAAGUAUUUACUGAGCGCCGGGGGCUUCACUUAUAAGAAAGCAACCAAAGAAACAACUGCAACCAUGAAGAUCUCUCAGCAUUGGCUCCUACCGUGCUUGACACUCAUCGGAUCAUUGGGCUCAGUCGCUGCUCAAACAUACUCUUGUGCCAACAACGCCGACGAGGGCAAGCUUAUUGUCAGAAAUGGCAAAGAGUACCAGAUCAAGUGCAAACAAGCUGUCAAAGGCAGGCCCGUUGCCACAAAGCCCGGCAGGAGCGCUGUGGAAUGUGUUGAGAAAUGCGCCGCUGAUGCUAGUUGCGUCCACGCCGCCUUCGUCGCGGACGAGAACUUGUGUGAAUUCAGGAAAGACGCUGAUCUCUUCAACUACUCGGACCCUGACUUCCCACUCGUAACCUGGUACUAUGUCAGGGAUGUACGUGCCGAACCGGAACCAACCACUGGCCAUGAUGACAAUACCCAGGAGACGACGGUUCCGGACACUGGCCUUGGUGACAACACCCAGAGGCCGAUUGCAGACGACACGACCUCUGAUGCUGGAUCUGGAAAUAAGGCAUCAUACACUUGCCCAGCUGAUGAAGGGGAAAGAUACACGACAAAUGGUGUCACUUACGAGCUGAGGUGCAACACGGGACACAGCAUCGGGCACUGGACCGGCGAGGAUUGCCCAACUCUGAAGGAGUGUGCCGAUCGUUGUGCCAGAAAGCCAGGCUGCUAUAGCUGUGAUUGGGAGCGGACCGCCAAGACCUGCCAGUACAAGAAAGCCCCUUCUGAAACGUCGUCGUGGGCACCCGGAGAUGCCUGGUAUCCCGUCCAAUGUCCCAAAAACCGGGUGUCUCAGCAGAUCGCGAAACCCGAAGUAACCACCAGCCUUACUUGCCCGCAGAAUGACGGGAAAAUCUUUAAGGGUUCCGAUGGGACCUGGUUCUACCUGCAAUGCUGCACAGAUACCGACGGCGCAUCCAUCCUGGGUUACGAGACUGUCAACACCCACGAGGAAUGUGCUGAGAAGUGUGUUGUGGACAAGAAGUGCAAGAGUGCCAUGUUUGUGCCGGGCGGUGAUGGUUCCCGGCCAAACUGCAGGCUGUACGAGCACGGCAAGUUUUCUACAACCAAGCAGGAGGGGGCGCACUACGCCUUCGUGACCGACCCGCCCACCAACGACCCUGUGCUUUCGGAAGCGAAGCUCUGCUCCACCGAGUGCCCCGAGGCAGACGGCCAGCUCUUCGUGAGCCACACCGGAGAGAACUUCCAAAUGACCUGCAAGAAGCGCCACGGCACGACAUACCUCAAGAUCGACCGCCGGGAGUCCUUCGAGGCCUGCCUAACCGCCUGCGCCAUCCUGCCCGGGUGCGACAGCAUCGACUACGAGGCGCGCACCAAGAAAUGCUUCUUCAGCAACGACAACAACGCCCCCGCCAUCGACGCCCCCGCCUUCGCGAGCGCCCACUCGCUCGGCUGCGCCGGCGCAUGCGCGAGUUGCAAGAAGGGCUGCGACCAGGCCAAACGCGACAAACCGCUCCAAGCCGACGAGGCGACAUGCGAUGCCGACCACGGCAAGAUCAUCAGCUCGGGCAACGAGGACUUCCGCCUGCAGUGCCGGCACUGCAUCCGGCAUACGCCAGGCGCUUCCUGGAAGGCUGAGCGGGCCGCGAACCUAGACGAGUGCGCCAGGGCCUGCGCCGCCGACAGCCGCUGUCACGGCGCCGACUGGAUGGGCCCGAAUGGCGGGUGCUGGCUCGUCCCGGCGCGGAAUCCGGAUGGCUCGGCCAUUACGUUUGCGCGGGAUGCCAGGUGCGAUGCGCUCAUGCCGCAGAGCCGGUCGCUGCCGGACUUUGAUAAUGUUAUUAUUGAUAACCCCGAGACGACGGAGCGCGAUUGGUAGGGGGACGGCGGCCUGGACAGGUGGGCGCAGAUGAGCAGGACAUCGCUCUGGGGGACUGAAGUGUUGGUUCUAUUGUAUCAUGGCUCUAUACAGCCAUCUUCUCCCCUCUCCGAGUAAAGCAGCUCUAGUCUUCCAAGCUCGACAUUGUAUUCUCCAUUAGUUUAAGAGACAAACGAAAAUCGUCCGAUCAUGGAC